AUGUCUCUCGAGCCGACGUUGCGGGGGCUGUUGCAGAGCAAACUCCAAUGGAUCUUUGUGGGCGGCAAGGGCGGGGUCGGCAAAACGACCACCUCCUGCGCCCUGGCAACCCUCUUCGCCUCAACUCCAAUUCACGACGAGGCGGCAAACACGAACCGCCCUCGACGGGUGCUGCUUAUUUCCACGGACCCCGCACACAACCUUAGCGACGCCUUCAGCCAGAGGUUCGGCAAUGCGCCGACACCCGUGAAGGGCAUGGAGGAGACGCUCUUCGCGAUGGAAGUGGACCCGAGGAACCUCACCCACAGGGGAUUUGGCGCUAUGCUGGGUAGUGCGGGUGACGCCUCCACAGGUGCGAGCGUGCCAUCACCCUUUGCUGCGCUUGGCAGUAUUCUUAAGGAGGCGGCGGGUACGCUUCCAGGGAUUGAUGAGCUCUCCGUGUUUGCGGAAAUUCUGCGUGGUGUCCAGCAACUUUCGUAUGACAUUGUUAUUUUUGAUACCGCGCCGACGGGUCACACGCUGCGCCUUCUUGCCCUGCCGCACACCGUGAACGCCACGAUCGAUAAGCUGUUGUCGCUGGAAGGUCUGGACUCCUUGGUUCGUGCCGCGUCCACGUUCAUUUCUUCUUCAACCAACUUUGGUGAUGUGUCGUCGCUGAUGCCUGCCGUUAACCAGUGGCGGGAGAGUGUGCAGGAGGUGCAGCGGCAGUUUACGGACGCUGAGAAGACGGCUUUUGUGUGCGUCUGCAUCCCCGAAUUUCUUAGCGUGUACGAGACGGAGCGGUUGGUGCAGGAGCUCAUGAAGUACGACAUAAGCUGUGAUAGCAUUGUGGUGAAUCAGCUUGUUCUGAAGCCGUCGAGCGAGCCUGCCUGUCGUAUGUGUAUGGCUCGGCAGAAGAUACAGUCAAAGUACCUGACGCAAAUCGACUCUCUGUACGAGGACUUCCACGUGGUGAGGAUGCCGCUGCUGAGCGAUGAGGUGCGUGGAACCCCUGCGCUGCAGCGGUUUGCGCGGUUUCUGGUGGAGCCGUACGAUGCCGACCGUCACGGGUACAUCGACGUUUGCGGGGCCGCGCCGUAG